GAACACUGCUCAUUUCUGCUCAGCAGGAGUGGUUGGCGCCGUUGUGUUUUGCUCUAUACUUAGCCCCGAAGAAAGCCUCAGAAAACAAUGGUUAAAUAAAGCUUUUGAAAAUGAAAAAUAGGGACGGGAAACGCAGGGGCGGCUUCCGGGUGCCGGCGCUGCCGCCGCUGUUGCUCCCCGGCCGCCGCCGCCGCCGCCGCCGCCUUGGAACCCGGGCCUGGGGGGCGGUGGGGCCUCGCAUGGAGCCCCCGCCCCCCGGAGCUGCCGCCGCCGCCGCCCCCGCCGCGCCACACGCAGGUCCCUCUGGAAUGGCGUAAGCACGUCCCUAGCGAUGGACCCGUCGGUGACGCUGUGGCAGUUUCUGCUGCAGCUUCUGAGAGAACAGGGGAACGGCCACAUCAUCUCUUGGACCUCACGGGAUGGCGGUGAAUUUAAGUUGGUGGACGCAGAGGAGGUGGCGCGUCUGUGGGGGCUGCGCAAGAACAAGACCAACAUGAAUUACGACAAGCUCAGCCGGGCGUUGCGGUACUACUACGACAAGAAUAUCAUCCGCAAGGUGAGCGGUCAGAAGUUCGUCUACAAGUUCGUAUCCUACCCAGAGGGUGCAGGGUGCUCCACUGAAGACUGCCCACCCCAGCCUGAGGUGUCUGCAGCCUCGACUGUCGCCAUGGCCCCUGCUGCUAUCCAUGCAGCCCCAGGAACACCCAAGGGUGCAGGAAUAGCCGGCCAAGGUGGUUUAGCACGCAGCAGCCGGAACGAAUACAUGCGCUCGGGCCUCUACUCGACCUUCACAAUCCAGUCCCUGCAGCCACAGCCACCACCACCUCUGCAUCCUCGGCCGGCCUCAGUGCUCCCCAACACUACCCCUGCAGGAGUACCAGCACCUCCCUCGCGGAGCAGGAGCACCAGUCCGAACCCCAUAGAAGCCUGUUUGGAGGCUGAAGAGGCUGGUCUGCCCCUGCAGGUUAUCCUGACUCCACCCGAGGCCACAAACCAGAAAUCACAAGAAGAGUUGAGUCUGGAGCCAGGUUUCGGCCGUCCACUGCCCCCAGAAGUGAAAGUGGAGGGACCUAGGGAAGAACUGCAAGCAGUGGGGGCUGUGGGCUUUGCUUCAGAAACCGUCAAAACGGAGCCAGAAGUCUCACCCUCAGCUCGGCUCCCAGCUGUCAUCAUGGAAAACACAGCCCAGGUUUGUGGCCUCUCUGCCUCUGUCGCUGAGAUCGCCCAACCCCAGAAGGGCCGGAAGCCCCGGGACCUGGAACUUCCACUCAGCCCAAGCCUGCUGGGUAGCCCAGGACCUGACCGGACUCCUGGAUCAGGAACAGGCUCCGGUCUGCAGGCACCAGGGCCAGCACUGACGCCAUCCCUGCUACCCACACAUACCUUGACCCCAGUGCUGCUGACACCCAGCUCACUGCCCCCCAGCAUUCACUUCUGGAGCACUCUGAGUCCAAUUGCACCCCGUAGUCCAGCCAAGCUCUCCUUCCAGUUUCCGUCCAGUGGCAACGCACAGGAGGAAAAUGUCCAAGGCCGGCAGAGAGCUAAAUCCUUGUUGGCAAAGAGAACACAGGAUGCCUGGGACACAGCUGCCAUAGGACUGAUAACCAGAGGGAAGAAUCGGGUCUCCAGAAACCACAACCUUGACUCCUUCAAGGCCCUGGAUCCAGUCCCAGCCUAGUUCUGGUCUUGGAAAAGGACACAGAACCACCUUUUUCUUUAUUCUCUCAUCAGGCGUUCUGAGGAAGCCUUGUAUCCGUCUGGCUCUCAACAAGCGUUUGCUGAAGUCAAAUGGUAACUAUUAAUUGGCUAGUAAGAUACUCGCGUGGUGGGACUAUCCAGCCAGUAGUGAUUGCUCCCACAGCUAAUAUUCUCAGGACACCCUGAGCACCUGGACGGAGAAACUAUUUUCUGAACCAAGCCAGCUCAACUCUAGAACAGCCAAGUCCCAUGUGAACAUUGCGAAUAGUUCAACCGAAAGAAUGUAGCUAGAAGAAAAGAAAAGAAACAAAAAUAAAUAUGUGUAAGUCCUGGUGUCGUAAUACAUAAGAAACACAGACAGAACACAGAGAAACACAGUGCCUCCAACAUCUGCUAAUCUCACUGUCAUGGCCUCCAGUGAGAGAAAGAUGAAAUCUUGGAGAACGUAAAAGAAAUGACCAUAAGUAUGUGCAAGGAAAUCAAAGAAGAAACUAAAUUCCUGAUCCAGACCGCAAACCAAAGGCUUACUGAAAUAAGGAAGGUAAUGUAAGGUGUGAAAGGGGAAUUCAAUGAAGAGAUAGAAAGAAUAAAGAAAAACCUACCUCGUGCUGGAAAUAAAACAUGAAUUUUCUGGAGUAUCACCCAGAGAGGGCUACUCAGACACAGGUUUAAGCCAAUAUAAAAUUUUUCUUAGCCAGCCAGUGACUGCAUUGGGUGCUUGCAGUCCCCGUGUAGCCCUGAGCCUUUCUUGGUGUGAGCUUUUAACCACAAAAUAUCCUGGGCUGACAUGCUUCUUUUUUUUGAGACAGGAUUUCUCUGUGUAGUUUUGGUGACUA